AUGUCACUCUAUGCCAAGUUCCUGAAGGAGCUGAUGACUAAGAAGAGAAGUUGGAAGAACAAUGAGACUGUGAUACUAACCGAAGAAUGUAGUGCUAUCAUCCAGCACAAAUUACCCCAGAAGUUGAAGGAUCCUGGGAGCUUUCAGAUCCCUUGUAUUAUAGGGGAAAUCACAAUAGAGAAGGCCCUUUGUGACUUAGGAGCCAGCAUCAAUUUGAUGUCAGUAGCAAUGAUAAGGAAGAUGAAGAUCGAGGAGGCUAAACCAACAAAAAUGGCAUUACAAAUGGCAGACCGAUCGUUCAAGUUCCCUCAUGGCAUAGUAGAGGAUUUGUUGGUGAAAGUAGGAGACUUCAUAUUCCCGGCAGAUUUUGUAGUGUUUGACAUGCAGGAGGAAGCCAAGACCUCCAUUAUUCUGGGAAGGCCGUUCUUGGCUACUGCUGGAGCUAUCAUUGAUGUCCAAAAAGGUGAUCUUACCUUGAGAUUACAUAAUGAAAAGAUGACAUUCAAUGUGUUCAAAGCCAUGAGUUACCCACCAGAACAAUUGGGGGAAUGCAUGAGGUUAGACGCACUUGAAGAAGAAGUGCAGAAGUGUUGUGAAGAAGAAGAGCAUGAAGAGCCCGAGAGAUCAAUGGAGGAGGAGUAUAUAUCAAGUGAGGAUGUUGCAACAGCAGAGAGUCAUGUUCAAGAUGCACCAAAGGAAGAGACUGAAAAGUCAGAGGCACCCAAGAUUGAACUCAAAGCAUUGCCACCCACUCUCAAAUAUGCAUACCUAGAAGAAAAUGAAAACUACCCAGUGAUCAUAAGCUCAUGCCUCAGCCAAGAUCAAGAGGAUGAACUGCUCAAGGUGCUGCGGGAGCAUAAGGACGCCAUCGGAUGGACCCUUGCUGACCUGAAGGGAAUCAGUUCAGCUAUAUGCAUGCAUAAAAUAUUGUUGGAAGAUGAUGCAAAACCAUCCAUUCAAUCCCAAAGAAGGCUGAACCCAAUCAUGAAGGAAGUGGUACAAAAAGAGGUUAUGAAGCUUUGGCAAGGAGGAGUAAUAUACCCGAUCUCAGACAGCCCUUGGGUUAACCCCGUGCAUGUUGUGCCCAAGGAGGGAGGAAUCACUGUGGUUCCCAAUGAGAGGAACGAACUGAUACCUACAAGGACCGUCACAGGAUGGCGGAUGUGCAUUGACUAUCGGAAACUCAAUGAAGCUACACGAAAGGAUCAUUUCCCUCUCCCAUUCAUGGAUCAGAUGUUGGAAAGACUCGCAGGACAUGCUUAUUACUGUUUUCUUGAUGGAGGAAUAGUUCUUGGCCAUAAGAUUUCUAACCAAGGAAUCGAAGUGGACAGGGCUAAAGUGGAACUUAUUGAAAAGAUUCCUCCACCCAGUGAUGUCAAGGCAAUUAGAAGCUUUUUAGGGCAUGCUGGCUUUUACAGAAGAUUUAUUAUAGAAUUUUCAAAAAUAGCUAAGCCCUUGAGUAAUCUCCUUGUAUCAGACACACCAUUCAUCUUCGAUGAAACCUGCAUGUUGGCAUUCGAGCAUUUGAAAGAAAGAUUGUCCUCUGCCCCUAUUAUCUCCCCACUUGAUUGGAACUUACCCUUUGAAUUGAUGUGUGAUGCAUCUGACUUUGCAGUAGGGGCAGUGUUAGGGCAGAAGAAAAAUAACUUAGUCCAUGUAAUAUACAAUGCUAGCAAGGUCCUCAAUGAUGCUCAAAGAAAUUAUACCACUACUGAAAAGGAAUUGCUAGCCAUAGUUUGUGCAUUUGACAAGUUUAGAUCGUACCUCAUUGGCGCUAAAGUAAUUGUUUUUACAGAUCACACAGCACUUAAAUACUUAUUUGCCAAGCAAGAAUCAAAACCAAGACUAAUAAGAUGGAUCUUAUUAUUGCAGGAGUUUGAUAUUGAAAUCAGAGACAAGAAGGGAGUGGAGAACAAGGUGGUAGAUCACCUAUCCAGGAUUCCUCAUGAGGAAGGGGGAACACAUGAUAUGAGUGUGAACGAGCUCUUCUUUGAUGAGCAAUUGAUGACAGUGCACAAAGCCCCAUGGUUUGUAGACAUUGCCAACUUCAAGGCAACUGGGGCUCUACCUCUAGGGAUCAAUAAACAUCAAAAGAGGAAGCUCAUGAAUGAUGCAAAAUACUUUGUCUGGGACGAGCCUUAUCUCUUCAAGAAGUGUUCAGAUGGAAUUCUUAGAAGUUGUGUCUCAGAAGAGGAAGGACGAGAAGUACUAUGGAAUUGCCACGGCUCAUGCUACGGAGGCCACUUUGGAGGGGACAGGACUGCAGCAAAGGUGUUACAAAGUGGAUUCUUUUGGCCCACCCUUUUCAAGGAUGCCAAAGAACUGGUAAGGAGCUGCAAUGAACGCCAAAGAUCUGGGAACUUGCCCAAAAGAAAUGCCAUGCCACAGAAUUUCAUUUUGGAACUGGAAGUAUUUGAUGUGUGGGGAAUAGAUUUCAUGGGACCAUUCCCAACCUCAUAUGCAAACAAGUACAUCUUGGUAGCAGUGGAUUAUGUGUCCAAAUGGGUAGAGGCCGUUGCAACCCCAACAAAUGACAACAAAGUGGUCAUGAACUUCCUCAGGAAGAAUAUCUUCAGCCAGACAGCAUUCAAAACACCACUGGGAAUGUCCCCAUAUCAACUGGUUUAUGGGAAAGCUUGCCAUUUACCACUAGAAUUGGAACACAAAGCUCUCUGGGCCAUCAAGAUACUAAACUUUGACAGCAUUGCUGCUGGUGCAAAGAGGAUCUUGCAGCUGCAAGAGAUGGAGGAAUUCAGGUCACAAGCCUAUAAAAAUACUAAGAUAUAUAAAGAGAAGGCAAAGAGGAGACAUGACCUGCAUCUUGCACCCAGGGAUUUUGAAAAGGGGCAGCAAGUACUCCUCUACAAUUCCAAAUUGAGACUGUUCCCAGGAAAACUCAAAUCGAGGUGGUCCGGGCCUUUCAUUGUCACAAAAGUCUCACCAUAUGGACACAUCGAAAUCUUGGAUGAAAGGUCAGAGAAGACUUUUACAGUGAAUGGACAAAGACUCAAGCAUUAUCUGGGCAACAUGGGGGAAAACCCCAGCGUAAAAUAUCAUCUCAAGUGA